AUGGAAGUGACCUUCUGCAGCCUGGAUGGGGAGCGGUGCCAGGAGUGCCGGAGCCCUGUGGACCCGGGUCUGCUCAAGGUCCUGCAGCUGGCGCAGCUCUCGGUGGAGUGGCUGCUCCACUGCCAGGAAGUCCUCAGCCUCAACCAUCAUGCGGUGGAGGAGAGGCUGGAGGCGAUGCGCAAAGAGCCAGCAGGAGGAGAGGAACUGCAGUCGGAUCGGGAAAUGAAAUCUCAGAUCAAUAAUCUGAAGAUGGAGAUCAGCAGCUUGAGGGAGCGGAACGUUCAGCUGCAGCAGAACCUGGAUCUCAAAACAGCUCAGGAGAAGCGACUUGAGAGUGAGCUAGACCAUUUCAAAGCUGAGGAGAUGGCUCGCUUUGAGCGAGUCCAAACCGACUCUGCUCGCUCCCAGGAACAACUCCUCCUGAAGCUGGAGCAGCAGCUGAAGGAGCAGGAUGAAUCGUGGAAAUCCAUCCUGCACCAGACCAAGGAACACCAUGACUCUGAAAUGAAUAAGAUGGUAAAUAUUCCCUCCAACACCAAAGAAGUGGAAGAACCAGUGGUGGUCUGCGCACUGGCACCAGAGCCCAAACCAUCGAGGGUUGUUCUUGACUCGAGCAGCGCCUCUGAGCUGGAACAGAGUUCGAGCAUGAUGAAUCUAAGUGGUGUAAAGAGCAAGGAUUUCACUUUCUUCAUGGCCAAAGUGAAUUCAUUGGAGGACCAAGCAAAGGAGGUGCCUGGUUACUGGCGCUGUCAGGGGGAGCUCGACCUCAGCUUGGACGAGAAGAUGAGCGCCAGAAUGAUGACAGAAGCUCCUCCAGAGCCUCAGGCUCCAUCUGGACAAGCGGUUCAAGGCAAAGAGUCCAAGACUCCCCAGCCAGCGCCGAGGGCCGAGAGCACCACCAAAAGGGUUCCCACGCUGAUCAGAGGGCUGGACGACCCCGUUGUCUUUCUCGGCGCUGCCUCCUACGAGUAUCAGCCGCAGGUGGACAUCACCUUUGGCGCGGCCUCCAUCCAGAUGAUCGAGAUGACAGAGGACGAAGCUCCAGCCGCCUCUGAAGAAGCUGUGAGGAAGGAGCAGGUGGAGGACACGUUUCAGGAGGGCCAGGAGAAGGAAGAACAACAGGAUAAAGAGAAAAUCAAGGCUGAAGACAACGCUAUUGAAAUGUCCGAGGACUUUGAUGGCCAGAUGCAUGAUGGGGAUGAGAAAGAACCAGGUGAAGAUGAAGACUCUGAUAAAGAGGACCAGGAGGAUCUGGACAAAAAGAUGGGGAACCUGGGUGAAGGCGAGACUGACACUCUGGAUGAGAGGAUGUGGGGAGAUGAUGAGGAUGAUGAUGAGGAGGAGGAAGAGGAAAGUGACCAGGAGGAAGAGUCUGGCCAGGGCAUGGACCAGGGUGAAUCCGAGCUGGUUGCCAAAGACGACAACUUGGACGCUGAAGAGCCAAACAAAGACAAGAAAAACCAGGAUAAAGAUGAACAGAUGGUUGAGGAGGAGAAAGAAAAGAUCCACGAGCAAGGAGAUGAGAGGGAGUUUGAUGAGAAUGAAGUGGAUCCAUACCACGGUCAGCAGGACAAGAGGCCUGAGGCUGAGGCCAUGGAUCUGCCCGAGGAUCUCAAUCUGGACCAGGAUGAAGAACCUGGAGAGGAUGGAGAGGGCGAGGGUGACGAAGAGAAUCCCUUAGACAUCGAUGAAAAAGCCAUGGACCUGGACGAGAAGGAGGAUGGAGAGAAAGAUGGAGGAGAGGAUGAAGGAGCAGAGGAGAUGCAGGAGGAACAGACAGAACUACCAGGAGAGGAGAAGGAGAAGGAGCAAGAGCCCAAGACUGAAGAGGAGGAGGGAGAAGGGGAGAAAAAAGGAGUUGACGAGGAGUCUGCUGCGCAAGAUGAAGAGGAGGAGGAGAAGGAAAAGAGUGGACAAGAGGCAGGAAGAGAUGAAGAUCACACUGUUCGCGACGACAAAGGAGACAAACCAAAAGAUGAAGAGGAGGAGGGUGGGGAUGAGGAGCAGCCAGAGUCAGCAGAGAGGAAGGAGCAUAACCGAGACGGUCAGACUGGAGAGGAGAAUGUCCAGAGUGACACAGCUGUGGAGCUGGGAGGAGAGGCGUCGGAGAAAGACCAAGCUAAAGAGGAACAUGGGAGCGGGGCAGCUGAUGCCAGCCAAGCAGAUGGUCACCAGUCAAAGCUGACGGCUAGAAUGGCUGCACAGACACAGACUCAGAGCAAGACUCAGAGCUUCAAGAGGAAGCCUGGUCACGCGGACAACGAGCGAUCGACAGGCGACUACAACGAACAAAUAAACAAGCGUCUGCGUACAGUGGAGAGCAGCAAGGACAGAAGUGCAGACAACAGGCCGAGCGACGCCCAGCAGGAUUCUGAGCUGUACGAGCACAUCAAACAGGGAGAGACGGCCUACGACACUCAGACAUACGAUGUGGCAAGUGCAGACCAGCAGAAAGCAGCGGGGCCUCAGCAGGACCAGGAUCAGAAAGAUGAGGAUGUUGCCAUGGAAACAGAGGACCAGGAAGAGGACCUCCGUGCCGCUGAUGUUCAGGAGCUGAAGCCUGAGCAGCUGGAUUCAACCAAGGCCUCCCAGAAAGGUGUAGACAGUGGGGAGAUGGACGUGCAGAGGCAGGGCGAGGAGGAGGAGGACCAGGAGAGAUGGAAGGACCGCCAGCGUCUCGCAGAAGAUAGGCGAGCAGAGAGAAGCACAGAAUCCACAAUUCACACUAUUCCUGAGCUGCUGAUGGACACCAUGGAGAAAGCAGAGAGAGACCCAGAGGAGAUCAGGAGGGAGAUGGAGCUGCAGCUGGAGGCCUGGCACAAACUGGCUCCAGGAGCUCAGGAGGAGGAGAGUGCAGCUGCCUCCAUGUGGCAUCAGUACCAGACCCUGACCUCCGCUCUGUCCCAGCAGCUGUGUGAGCAGCUCCGCCUCAUCCUGGAGCCCACACAGGCCGCCAAGCUCAAAGGAGAUUACCGCACAGGGAAGCGUCUGAACAUGAGGAAGGUCAUCCCCUACAUCGCCAGUCAGUUCCGCAAAGACAAGAUCUGGCUGAGGAGGACCAAGCCCAGUAAGAGGGAGUACCAUGUCUGUCUGGCUGUGGAUGACUCCUCCAGUAUGGUGGACAACCACUCCAAACAGCUGGCGUUUGAAUCCCUGUCAGUGAUCAUCAACGCUCUCACUCUACUGGAGGUUGGACAGGUGUCUGUGUGCAGCUUUGGCGAGCAGGUGCAGCUGCUCCAUCCCUUCCAGCAGCAGUUCAACGACGAGUCCGGGGCUCGGAUCCUCCGACUGUGUCAGUUCCAGCAGAAGAAGACCAGAAUAGCUCAGUUUAUGGAGACUUCCACCAAAAUGUUUCUCGCAGCUCGGCAGCAGAUUCCAGGAUCUGUAAACUCAGACACGGCCCAGCUGCUGGUCAUCGUCUCUGACGGCAGGGGUCUCUUCCUGGAGGGGAAGGAGCGGGUGACGGCAGCAGUGCGAGCAGCUCGCAGUGCAAAUGUGUUUGUCAUCUUCGUGGUUCUCGACAACCCCAACUCACGGGACUCCAUCCUCGACAUCAAGGUCCCCAUAUUCAAAGGGCCGGGGGAACUCCCAGAGAUCCGCACCUACAUGGAGGAGUUCCCCUUCCCCUUCUACGUCAUCCUGCGAGACGUCAACGCCCUGCCGGAGACGCUGAGCGACGCUCUCAGGCAGUGGUUUGAACUGGUCACGGCAGCCGACCAAUGAGAAGCCAUCUUUCACACAAAGGGAAGAAGUGUUCGGCGACCCACUGCACAAUGCCACUCUGCUGCUAAGCUUCUCAGCCAGAACUGAAAAUCAACAGAACAAAAAAAUAAAACAGAAGACGGAUUUACCGCUGUACAUGUGCCUUUAUUUUCCUAUUUUUACUGUAGAUUUUAGUAGAGUUUAAUAGCAACCUUUGCUGUUUUAUCUUUGUUAUCAGAAGAAUUGUGUUUCUUUUGUAAUGUAGCGAGGAUUGCUUUAACUUGCACGUCUCAGAUGAAGCGAUAGAAGUAAAAUUGUGAUUUCAUUGCGUGUGAACCACCUCAGUGAAGGGUCAGUAAAUACCUCUGUCCACCUUGUACAAUACCCCCAGACCGUCUGUUUGUCCGUGUGGAUGGGACAGUCAGUGCUGCAGAGAUCAUCCAGUCAUCCAUGUGUGAACACGACAGACGUGCAGAGCUGUGCUUUGUGUAAAAUGGACGUCACGACCUACAGUAGCAUGUUGUCGUGGUCGUGACUGAGGAACUCCUAAAUGUGCCUUGGAGAGGAGAACAGUGUUGCAUCUCCCUCCACAGCUGGAUCAGCUGCUGGUUGAGGAGUCGGAGGCACGGCCACAGCUCUGUCACCGAUUUUUUAGAAACUCCGAUCUCACACACUUUGAAGCACAACGACAGUUCCGCAGAUUCCAGUUUUGAGUGAAUGCCCCAGAAUUACCAGCGUGUGUGGUUUGAAGAUGACACAUCUGCUGAGCGACGGCUCAUCAACGUGUCUGUUAGGACUAGAUGAAAUGUGCAUUGAAAUGUUUCUCAUCACCUCUGUGUUUCGUAGCGUACAUGUAAGUGUCAGAAGACACUGGCCAUUUUUAAGAGCAUCCAUCUGUUAAAUCAUGACACGAAUGAUCCUGACAAUAAACUGUUUAAAAAGUA